CUCCGAUUGGUGUCCAGAAAUGGGAAGUUAGGCUUUCAAAGAGUUGGGUUGGAUGGGUGUUUAAUUCCAACUUCGUUCAUCACAAGUAGCCUAUAAUUGUAAUAGACGAACUCGUAUAAUGUCCUUUCGAGAUCGCACUUCAGAAUUUGAGGCUCUUGUGGAGCGAUUACAGCAACGCCACGAUAACACGGUCUUAGAGCGACGAUCUUUGAUACAGCAUGCAGCACCAUCACAUGAACGAAUCAAGAAUAAGACGGAAUUCUCAUUAAUAGCGGCAGAGAUUGGGCGAAAUAUAUCAAAUACCACCGCCAAGUUGGAGAAAUUGACAAAACUUGCCAAGCGGAAAACAUUGUUCGACGAUAAACCAGUAGAAAUCAGCGAACUCACUUAUAUCAUUAAGCAAGAUAUAGCUAAUUUGAAUAAGCAGAUUGCCAUGCUGCAAACCUACAGCAAAGACCAGAAACUCGGUUCAAAACAAGCAACAGAGCACUCUUCAAAUGUGGUGGUAUCAUUGCAGAGCAAGCUUGCCACCACUUCCAUGAGCUUCAAAGAUGUUUUGGAAAUCCGAACUGAGAAUAUGAAAUCAUCCAAAGACAGACGAGAUCAAUUUUUGCUCUCCACCUCUGAUCAGCCUGCCUCUUCAAAUUAUGAAUCCUUACUUUUCGACUCACCAAACCGCUCAAAAACCAAAACUGACUCCAGCCCCGCCAUAAUACCACUAGAAUCGCAGGAAGACACAUUGUCCCUUGGAAUACCCAUGCUUACGGCUCAGCAACAACAAGAACAGCAACAAGCACUCAUGCAAGAACAAGAUCGAUAUAUAGAAAGUAGAUCCACCGCCAUCGAAAGUAUUGAAAGCACAAUUGCAGAGCUUGGCACUAUCUUUCAACAGCUCGCGACCAUGGUGGCAGAACAACGAGAAACAGUGCAAAGAAUUGAGCAAAACACAGAAGACAUUGAAUCCAACAUCAUUGGAGCGAACAACCAGCUUCUUAAAUAUUACAAGUCUGUGUCAUCCAACCGAUGGCUUAUGAUCAAGAUCUUUGUUACCAUUGUAUUCUUCUUCUUAUUAUUCACUCUCAUAAUGUAGUUUAUCGGAUGUUCAAAAAUUCUCCAUUGGAGCAGUUUUGAAGAAAAAAAAAAAUUCGAAUGAAGUAAAGUGUCGAUUUUUCUAUAGCGCUGGCUGGCCCUUUGGGU